GAGCAAGCCAGCGAGUCGAAUAGACAUCGAACAGAAACACAGAGUUCGAAAAACUAGUAAAUCUUUUCAAGUCUAAUUUUAAAAAUGUCAUUUCUUACGCGUGAAUAUCACUUCUACGAGUCGGAGUUAGCCGCCGCUAAAGAUCAGCGCACAAUGGCUAUGCGCAGCGUCAAGAAGCUACUGCGUCCGCUAAUGCGCAUGAUCAAGAAGAAGCAGUUGUUGCAGAAAACGCUCGCCGAAGUGAAGCAGCAGAAUGAUUACAAUUCAUCACUGGAGGAUAUGCGCAAAGAUCCAGCAGCACUCCAUGCCUACGAUGACAAUUUGGCCAAUGAAGCUUUGGAGCAGCGCCUCCACGAGGAACUGCAGCAUUGCGCCCCUGAAGCGGCGAUCAUUGUACGUCAAGGAGAUAGUCAACAAAUUGUGCCCGUGCAGCAACAACACUACAUUCCUGUACAUUUUGCGCGCACCGCCAAUGGUACCUUCUUUUGGACAUCCACCGAUAUGCAGCGCCAGCAGGAAUUGCAAUUGCGUCAACAGCUCGAUCGUUGGGGUCAGGCGUAAGUUGGUUUCAGGGGUAGAUGUGGUGCCGUAGUUCCAGCGUGUCAGUGGAGCUGCGUGGAAAAUCACACUUGCUAUGAAGCCACCAUGGUAGCAGCUUUAAGCGCAACGGCCACUUUGCAGCCAAAGCGAAGCGGCACCUUUGCGCAUGCACCACCGCGUCAUGCACGCCGCCUGCCACGCGUGCGCGGUUUUAGCUUCCUAUUUUUUGUGUACAUAUAUUAUUUUCAAAUUUUGUAAUUUUUCUUUUGUGAGAGAAUAUUAUUUUGCGGUGAUAUUAGCUUUUAGUCGCAUG